GUGUUGCCUGGAAACGACUUUGGAUGUUUUUUACAGCCUUGAGCAAAGGAGAUGGAAAAGUACGAGAAAAUCAAAGUGGUCGGAAGAGGAGCUUUUGGGUAAACCAAAAGUUAUUAACUUUGAACUUCUUGAUGAAACUACACCGCUAAGUCACAGCAAUCUUAUUCACACUUUGUUUGUGAUGUUUAAUUUGUCUUCCUGUCAAACUUAAGUUAGAAGUUAAAGUUCGCUGCUUGUCUCCUUUGCCAAAUCACGGAAUGUAAAUAUGGUUCAGGCGCGCGCAUAUUUUAGAAAUAUAAUUAUGCACUCAUUCUAUUUCUAUGGCCGCCCUGUCAAUAUUGUACAAUACUAGUACAUGAUGAGUGCAAAGCUACUGUGUUGUCGUUCUAGUCAUAACUGUAAUGUGUUAUGUUAUUUAACCAUUAUAUAAAUGGUCAGAUUCUAGUGCUAGAUUGUUUGCUAAUGCCCUCAUGCAUGAAUGCAUUACAAAGCACCAAUAUCAGUGGCAAUAAUGUACAAGAGUGCACAAGCUAGUAGGCACACUGUAAGGGGAUAGCCUACACCAGAACACACUUUCCCAACUCUUCCCCAUGCUACUCAUUCUCUGCCUUCCCAUGUCAUGUGUGACAGGAUAGUGCACCUGUGUCGCCGGCGCAGUGACGGGGCCUUUGUGAUCCUGAAGGAGAUCCCAGUAGAGCAGAUGUCCCGUGAUGAACGCCUUGCCGCCCAGAAUGAGUGCCAGGUGCUGAAGCUGCUCAACCACCCCAACAUCAUAGAGUACUAUGAGAACUUCCUGGAGGACAAGGCUCUGAUGAUCGCUAUGGAAUAUGCACCAGGUACUAGAACAUUACCCCCCAUUGUUUGUUACAUAACACAUAAGGUACAUAGCUCAGUGUUCUCAUGUAAGUCUGACACCUAUACUGUAACAUAGGGUGUCAAAUAUGUUUUGCUUGUCAGACGUUCCCCAUGAGGUGUUAUUCAGUCUCAUCAGAUGUCAGUCCCUGUUGUAGUGCUUCAGGAGACAUAUGAUAAAGGGCACUGCAUUAUGUUACAUAACUCUGGGUGGCCUGAGAGCAUGAUCUAUUCUGCUGUAACUGUAUUAUUUUCCUGCUUUCGUACUGUAGGUGGAACCCUAGCUGACUACAUUCAGAAGCGCUGUAACUCCCUGCUGGAUGAGGACACCAUCCUGCACUUCUUUGUCCAGAUCCUGCUGGCCCUGUACCAUGUGCACAACAAGCUCAUCCUACACCGGGACCUGAAGACCCAGAACAUUCUGCUUGACAAGCAUCAAAUGAUCGUCAAAAUAGGCGACUUUGGAAUCUCCAAAAUCCUUGUCAGCAAGAGCAAAGCCUACACUGUGAGUGGACAUGACGUAGGAUUGGUCACCUGACUACAUGUAACGGCCAAAUGCGUACUCUGAUGAUAAGCAUAGUCAUAGGCAGCACUGGCAGUAGAGUUGAUCUUUUGUUUUUGUUUUAUUUCCAUUCAGGUGGUGGGGACCCCAUGCUACAUCUCUCCGGAGCUGUGUGAGGGGAAGCCCUACAACCAGAAGAGUGAUAUCUGGGCCCUGGGCUGUGUUCUAUAUGAGCUAGCCAGCCUCAAGAGAGCUUUCGAGGCUGCUGUACACAUCUUUUCAUAAUGCACUUCAUACAUUGUCAUUCCAAUUUCAUAAACUGUCCUUGCACUUUGGAAUUGUAGAUCCAAAAGAUCAAAAAAUGGCAUUGAAGUUAAUCAUAUCUUACAUUAGUCUUUGAAGCACUUAUCUUUCCAUCUCCAUGUAAAAUGGAUUUAAUUUGUGGGAUGAUGCCUAAAGCUUACUGGUCCAAAAGUAAACCCAUAAAGAAAUCAAGGCAUUAGCAUAGUUUGAAUAUUUAACUCCUCUCCGUGGGCUUACUCACACUUCCUUCUCUUACAGAACCUACCUGCCCUAGUGUUGAAGAUCAUGAGCGGUACCUUUGCCCCGAUUUCAGACCGGUACAGCCCAGAACUCAGGCAGCUCAUCAUGAACAUGCUCAACCUGGACCCGUCCAAACGCCCACAGCUCAAUGAGAUCAUGGCCCACCCUGUCUGCAUCAGACCCCUGCUCAACCUCUACACUGAUAUAGGCAACGUCAAAAUGCGCAGGUAAUGAAUGCCACAAAAGUCUAUAUCCCAAAUGGCACACUAUUCCCUAUACAGUUCACUAUAUAGAGAAUAGAGUGCCAUUUUGGAUGCAACCAAAGCCUCUAGCUUCUAGUCACCAGACUCAUCAUAAGAAAACAACAUGUAUCUGAUGUAUACAUACAUUACCAUUGAUGGAAAUGUAGGUAUACAAUAUUCAAAAGACAUUUUGAUUUCUGGUCCAGAAUUGAGAAACCACUGUCCACCGUGCAGUCAGGAGGUCAUGGUAGACCAGGAGGGCGAAUGACCGGCACAAGGUCAUUCAGAGGUCAGUGACAUUCCACCCACAUCCAUGAUUGAACCAGUUCUGUAAUAAUUAACACCUUUAGUAUAAUGUUCUGUCCUGUAUUAGAUGGACGGAUGGGAACAGGAAAGUUGCACUCCCUCCCCCUGUCAUCAGUGUACACAUGGGGCAGUGGCAUCUCUGCGCCCCUGCGUCUACCCAUGCUCAACACAGAGGUGCUGCAGGUGGCCCUGGGACGCACACAGAAGAUGGGUGUCACCAAGUCAGGCCGACUCAUCACCUGGGAGGUCAGAUUGGAUUUCUUGAUCCCCUUUUCCCUUCUCUGUCUGAAAUAGGCUUGUCAACCUCAGUUAGGCUUCAUAGAUAAAUAUUUCCCUUAACCAACUAAGCUACUAGCUGCCUCUUUAAUACCCUCAGAUUAUGCAUUAGGAUGGUUAAAGGCUGAUAAGAUAAAGGAUUUGUUUUUAACAAUAUGAAAGUGUUAUCUGGAUAGUCUUUAGUAACACCAGUAUUUACACAUUUCCUAACCUAAUGGUGCCGUGCCAGGCUCCGUCAGUAGGAUCUGGUGAGCCCACUCUGCCUGGUGCAGUGGAACAGAUGCAGCCGCAGUUCAUCUCUCGCUUCCUGGAGGGUCAGUCUGGAGUCACCAUCAAGUCUGUGUCCUGUGGGGAUCUCUUCACCACCUGUAUGACAGGUACAGGCCAUAAUAGCAUCUCAAAUUGCACCCUAUUCCCUAUAUAGUGCACUAAUUUUGACCAGGGCCCAUAGGGCUCUGGUCAAAAGUAGUGCAUUUAUAGGGAAUAGGGUGCCAUUUGGGACGCACAGCAUCAUUGUGUUUCCUGCUGGUGAGGACAGCAUCCGUGUCAGAUCAGCCUCAGUAGGGGAGCUUCACUAUAGGAAAUCAAUAUUUAUUCACUGUGUGUUUUUGUUGCCUCACACACACACACACACUGCAGUAUAUAAUACUAUCAUAAAGCACUGGAGCAGCAUUGGAAAGUGUGGAUGUAAUCACCUCUUUUACUGAACAUUCAUCAGUGUUUGUGUUCUCCAACCGGGAUACACCGUUAGUCACAGUCAGAGUCUUGAGGGAGCUGUCAUUAGUCCAAUACCAAAAGCAGAUAACACAGGAUUAAAGAACCUCUCUGAGUCCCAGCUGUAUUUCAUCACCAUUUAUCACCGUGGUGGAGCAGAAUAGUAUUCCCUUGUUAGGGAUUAAAACCCAAACUGUUGGCCCACACUGUGAUAUAGCCAUACCCAUCAACUCAUCGUACCUAUAAUCUCCUCUAUUUAUUUUCAAUUUGCAGACCGAGGUAUUAUUAUGACGUUUGGAAGCGGAAGCAAUGGCUGUCUCGGACAUGGGAAUGUUAAUGACGUAACACAGGUACAUUUGAGGUUUGUUAUAAACAUUAUUGUCGUCAGUCGUUCUGGUGAAAAAGCUUCAAAUUAUUUCUCUGUAUGUAUUUAUGUCCAGCCCAAGAUCGUGGAGGCCUUACUCGGAUACGAGCUGGUCCAGGUGUCAUGUGGUGCUUCCCAUGUGCUUGCUGUGACCAAUGACAGAGAAGUAUUCUCCUGGGGAAGAGGAGACAAUGGUAAAUGAGCAAGUUUAUUUUUGGGGUUGUCAGUCACUCUCUGUCUUCUUGGUUUAUGUCAGCAGUGUCUGUGGGAGAGCUUGGCAUUCUAACAGAAUGUUAUGCUUUCUGCCCCCUCAUGUUCCCUAUCUGGUCCCCUCUGUGGCAGGUCGCCUGGGGCUGGGCACCCAGGACUCCCAUAACUGUCCCCAGCAGGUGCGUGUGCCAGGGGAGUUUGAGGCCCACAGGGUGCUGUGUGGAGUGGAUUGCUCCAUGAUUAUCAGCACCCAGAACAGCAUUCUGGCCUGUGGCAGCAACAGGUAAAGUUACCUUCUCUUAUAGGCUACUUAGUAGAAUAUUUCAGUUCCAGUUAACCAGGAAGCAAACAUCCUCUAAUAGGAUGAAGAUGUAACAAACUAGUCUACAUUUAAAAUCUAUUUCCUCCUCUAAACAGAUGCUUGUUUUCUAGCCUAAAUAUUGUGCAUUUAUUAUGACAGUAACAACCUAAUUAACAUAUUCAGUCAUUGCAUGAAAGUGCUGUGAAAUUGCACAGGCUUUCCACAGAGGUCACUGUUAAUGCGAGUGAUACUUUUCAUUAACAACUCACUAAAGAGCAGCGCUCACAUUAAAGGUGAAACAUGCCCUUGAUUUCCACUGCACCAACACCCUGCUUGCUUAAGCACUGACAUAGCUCUUCAUUGACUUGCUUUGUUGUGUUAAACUAAAGCAUGGAUGUAGAGAUUAUGGCAUUAUCUUCUGGGCCAAUAUCCAGUGAGGCAGCAUUCUCUUACAGUGACAAACACGCUCUCUGAUAGUUAACCCAUCCACCAGAAAUCCUCAUGGGCAGGAAGCAGGGUUCUAUUACAGCGAGGGUUAGGAGAAUGAGCACAGUGCUAUCAGACCUGGGUUCAAAUACUUGAUCUGUGCUUGAUUGAGUUUGCCUGGUUUAAUGGACCAAUAUAAUAUUCUCAAAACUGCAAACCUUGCCUAUCUGCCACUACAGACAGGCUAAAGCAAACGCUCAUACUAUUGGAAAGAAUUAAAAUAGUAUUUGAAUCCAGGUCUGAGUGCUAUAGCAGGGCAGAGUGUGGUGCUGAGUGGAGACAGCACUGCCCAGAUACCUGUGGUUUAGCUACUUCCUGCCCUCCCUAACUCUCUUACCCACUCCAUACUGAAUAUGUAUCUGCCUUGAACACAGAACAAGAAACUCCCCCUCAAUUAAUUCUUACAGAACAUGACACAGCAUUUCUUAACUGUUCUCCUUACAAUUGUGUAGUGUGAUAUUGUAGAAAACACAUUUCAGCUGAUAAGGUCAACUGGAUCUAGUUUACUUUUAAGAUAUCAAUGUUUCCCUUUUGAUACGAUUCAAACGUUCUUUAAUUAAUUCGCCAGAAUAGUAAUUUUCUUCUAAGGCUGUGUUUACGCAGGCAGCCCACUUCUGAUAGUUUUCCAAUAAUUGGGUUUGGACCAAUCAGAUCAGAUCUUUUGCAUGCCAAUAAUUGGGAAAAAGAUCAGAAUUGGGCUGUCCAUUAUCCUAUGAACGUGUUGCCAUGAAAAUAAUUGCAACUCCUCUAAAUGUGCUUGGUUAGGUUCAACAAGCUGGGAUUGGAUAAGAUCAACGCUGCAGAGGAGCCAGCCCCCUGUGAACAGAUUGAAGAAGUCCACUCGUUCAGUCCUGUCCAAUCAGCACCGUUGAACGUGGACAUGGUUGUUUACAUUGACAUUGGAACAGCCCACUCUGUUGCUGUCACAGGUUAAAUUAUAUUUUGUCUUCGCCUCGUAUGCCUGAUAUGUCACCAUGCAGUUCCUGAACCCAUCGUAACUAGAAACCCAAAGUUCCUAUAAGCUGCAAGGACGUGACAUCCCUGUGUCAUGCUUACACAGUAAAACAUGUAGCUGUAUUGCUAUAUUGUCCUUUGACAAUACACAAUAUCAAUCUUCUUCACACAUUUAAUUCCCCUGUUCCGUGUGUCCAGAGAAGGGUCAGUGUUUCACGUUUGGUAGUAACCAGCAUGGUCAGCUGGGCUGUAGCUCCCGCCGGACCAGUCGUGUGCCCUUCCCGGUGCCGGGCCUACAGGGCAUCACCAUGGCAGCCUGUGGGGAUGCCUUCACUCUAGCCAUUGGAUCAGGUGUGUAGGGGGCAUUGGCAAUCAGGGAAGAUGCUUUAAGGGGAUAUUUUCAGUUUAUAUAAAAUAUUGGAGAAACGUGAUGCCCUCAGUAAACUUUGGAUGUUAGAUAACGCACUUUAUUAGAAGAGCUAAUUGAACACUGUACCAAUCUGUUUCUGUAAUGUCUAUGUGAAGGUGCUUUCAGAAAAUGCUUUAAGGUCCUUAAUAUGUUGUAACAGAUGUGUAUUAGACAUUUUCCAAAGGGUAGAGAGUUGUGGAGAAUGACACAAUACAUGUCAGAAUGUGUCAAUGAUCAGCUCAACCUCCCAUAGGGAGAUGGCAGGCACAGUCACCUCAUUGUUCAGGGCUGGCUUUGUUCAGCUCUGCUCUCCCAGGGAUAGAUAGAGCCAUUAUGCUGGCAUGGCAGGAGAGGAGAGGAGAAGAGAGGGGAGGGGAGGAGAAGAGAGGAGAAGAGAGGGCAGGGGAGAAGAGGUAUAAGGAGAGGAGAGGGGAGGGGGAGAGUGGGGAGGGGAGGGGAGGGGGAGAGAGGAGAAGAGAGGGCUGUCUGUUAAGGAUUGUGCAGAUUCAUGAAUCCUGGGGUGUGCGCUGAAGAACGUAACUAUUCUGUUCUCUCUAUCUUGGUGUAGAAGGGGAGGUGUAUACCUGGGGAAAGGGGGCCCGUGGCCGCCUCGGAAGAAAAGAGGAGGAUUCUGGGAUACCAAAGGCAGUGCUGCUCGACGAGAGCCACCCGUUCACGGUGACGUCGGUGGCCUGUUGUCAUGGCAACACUCUACUGGCAGUGAAACGUAAUAGUUUACCUAUUAACUUUUUGUUAAACAAAAUGAUGUGAAAUUGCCAGUAGCACAUACUGUUUGUGGUGAAAUCAAACAGCAAUCACUAAUCCCGGGAUGAAAGAAAAGUGAAAUUUGAGAUAAGCUCUUUAGAUGAUGCUGACAGAGAUCCAUGUUUUUUUCCUUGUAGAACAGAAGGUCUGAAAGAGCCUAUUUGUUAAUAGCUUGAUAAUUAGCUAACCCCACAAUGCAGAUUUACCUGUAGCUUUCUCCCAGUCAGUCAAUUCGGAAGUGACCACCAAGCCCCAUGUUUGGCUUUUUGUUUCUCCAUAGCCUCAGGGACUGUAGUAACAGAGGCUCAUUAACGGUGGAUGAGGCAAUCAGUUGUGUCUUGCUCUCCACAAGCAAUAAAAUGAACAACAGGGGCCUGCCUCCCUGUCAUGCUUAGCUCGUUAGCCAUUGGGGAGAUGAGCUGGGGUUAGCUCUGUCUAUAAACCUGAAUGUAAAAUCCAGUGUCUCUGAUAAUAGGCAUCCUCUGUGCCAUCUCCACAAAACCAGGCAGAGGGUUGGUUAGGUUGUAUGUCUGUAUCCAUUUACACCAGUAAUCAUUUACUCACAUUUCACUAUUACCUUACUCUGCACAUUUAUAGUUAUUGAUUUCAGGUUGCUUGCAUGCAGUUUAUGGAUCUUCAGGUAAUGUGAAUAGUUCCCCAACCUCAAUAAGAUAAUGUAUUAUCCAGCCUGUGAGUAAUGGUCCCUCUCAUCAGGAAUAGCGGACAAGCUAGCAAUUCCUCUGCUUUAAAACAAUGAUGGUUUCCCAAAUGGCACCCUAUUCCCUUUGUAGUGCACUAGUAUUGACCAGAGCCUGUAGGGCUCUGAUCAAAAGUACUGCACUAUAUACGGAAUAGGGUGCCAAUUGGGACGCAACCAAUAUCUAUUAAAAUGACGCAUGGAUUAAACUAAAGCAACCCUCCCAUUAACAAUAGAUGCAGAUUUAGAAAGAUUAAAUUGCACAUAAAAUCUAAUCAGUAAGUAAGAGAGACGUCUCUAAUCUUUGGAAGAGACCCAAGUUACAGUCCUGUUCCAGUGUAACUCUGACCUGGCUGCGUACCAUGUGGUAGUGACCUGAAACGCCAACACAGUAGCCAGAGUGCCCUCACACAGGUCAUUUCACCCACAUUUGACUUCCAUGGGGUUUGUUAUUUUAUCAAUGUAUGAGUAGUACAUUAGUCCAGAUACAGUAUGACUAAAUCCAUGGUAGACAAUGGCAGUGUGUAGGCAUUCGAAACAUUCUUGUGCCACCACACCUACUGCAUUGUGUCUAAGUGAAAUAAUCAAGAAGUAAAUGUGGGUGUAUCUACAGUACCAGUCAAACAUUUGAACACACCUACUCAUUCAAGGGUUUUUCUUAAUUUUUUUACUAUUUUCUACAUUGUAGAAUAAUAGUGAAGACAUCAAAACUAUGAAAUAACACAUAUGGAAUCAUGUAGUAACCAAAAAAGUGUUACACAAAUCAAAAUAUAUUUUAUAUUUGAGAUCCUUCAAAUAGCCACCCUUUGCCUUGAUGACAGCUUUGCACACUCUUGGCAUUCUCUCAACCAGCUUCACCUGACAUGCUUUUCCAACAGUCUUGAAGGAGUUCCCACAUAUGCUGAGCAUUUGUUGGCUGCUUUUCCUUCACUCUGCCGUCCGACUCAUCCCAAACCAUCUCAAUUGGGUUGAAGUCGGGGGAUUGUGGAGGCCAGGUCAUCUGAUGCAGCACUCCAUCACUCUCCUUCUUGGUAAAAUAGCCCUUACACAGCCUGGAGGUAUGUUGGGUCAAUGUCCUGUUGAAAAACAAAUGAUAGUCCCACUAAGCCCAAACCAGAUGGGAUGGUGUAUCGCUGCAGAAUGCUGUGGUAGCCAUGCUGGUUAAGUGUGCCUUGAAUUCUAAAUAAAUCAUAGACAGUGUCACCUGCAAAGCACCCCCACACCAUAACACCUCCUCCUCCAUGCUUUACGGUGGGAACUACACAUGCGGAAAUCAUCCGUUCACCCGCACCGCGUCUCACAAAGACACGGCGGUUGGAACCAAAAAUCUCCAAUUUGGACUCCAGACCAAAGGACAAAUUUCCACCGGUCUAAUGUCCAUUGCUCGUGUUUCUUGGCCCAAGUAGGUCUCUUCUUCUUACUGGUGUCCUUUAGUAGUGGUUUCUUUGCAGAAAUUCUACCAUGAAGGCCUGAUUCACACAGUCCCCUCUGAAUAGUUGAUGUUGAGAUGUGUCUGUGACUUGAACUCUGUGAAGCAUUUAUUUGGGCUGCAAUUUCUGAGGCUGGUAACUCUAAUGAACUUAUCCUCUGCAGCAGAGGUAACUCUGGGCCUUCCAUUCCUGUGGUGGUCCUCAUGAGAGCCAGUUUCAUCAUAGCGCUUGAUGGUUUUUGCGACUGCACUUGAAGAAACAUUCAAAGUUCUUGAAAUGUUCCGUAUUGACUGUCCUUCAUGUCUUAAAGUAAUGAUGGACUGUCGUUUCUCUUUGCUUAUUUGAGCUGUUCUUGCCGUAAUAUGGACUUGGUGUUUUACCAAAUAGGGCUAUCUUCUGUACCUUGUCACAACACAACUGAUUGGCUCAACCGCAUUAAGAAGGAAAGAAAUUCCACAAAUUAACUUUUAAGAAGGCACACCUGUUAAUUGAAAUGCAUUCCAGGUGACUACCUCAUUAAGCUGGUUGAGAGAAUGCCAGGAGUGUGCAAAGCUGUCAUCAAGGCAAAGGGUGUCACAAACCUUUGACUGGUAGUGUAUAUCUAAAAUACAUGAGGGAAAUAAUUCAAUACCUUUCCUGAAACCUUUUACAAGACUCAGUCCCCUUAUAGUAUGUAACUGUACACAUGCAGGCAUUGUGUAAGAUGGUAUAUUCUUGUCUGUCUUUAGUGCUAAUGUAAGUGAUAUGUUGAUGGCUUCUCUGAUUACUCUUCUCUUUCUUAGCUUUGCUUGAGGAAGCCGUCCCCAGAUGAUACAGCUCUGUAAACCAUCCCACCACCGUCCACCCCUUCGGUAGCGGUCAAGAGAGAAACAGUGGCACAAGGUGAAGGACUGCUAGACUCCGCUGAAUAACCUCUUCCAGUGGCCUGUCCUUUACUAAGCCUUUAGAGGAUUCCUGCACAUCUUAAAUAGUUUCAGUUGCUCUGUCUCAAGUCAGUUUAUAUUAACUUUUAAUGUUAUGUUUUUCAUACAGUAUUAUGUAAACGGUGGUGCCUUAUUAAUGGCACAAUUUAUGGAACAAAUGCAAAUAAUUCAAAACUUUUCAUUUUAGAAGCUAUUUAGCUUCCUAAGCUUGUGUAGCUGGUAGCUAAUAGAAUGCUCUACCAAAAGUAUUGGAGUGAGAUUGCAGGAGGAAGUCAUUGGGGAGCUGUCAUGCAGUAAGGCUUUGUCUUCUCUCACCAGCGAGGUUAGCAUGAUACAACACACAGUCCCAGGAUGUCUAACUGGUUUGGUAGCUUUAUUUACCCAGUAUUGAGUUAGGCAAAACAGUGUGUGUGAAGAAGAAAGGCUGCUUGUUUAGGACUGCCACUACAGUGUGAGCCGACUUGUCAGUCAAAUGAAGCAAACAAGUACGGCACUUUAAAUCUUGAGCACAUUAUCAGUUCUCUCAUUGUGCUUUUAGGAUUAGUCCUCAUCAAUUGGAUUAGUAACUUUUGUUUUCAUUCACAAUAACAGAUGGUUUGUUUAGUGUCAUAGUAAGGUACUUUUACACAACACAUGAACAGUGAAAGUUUCUUUAAGACUGUUGACUAAAGGAGGCCACUUCUAUAGUAAAUGCAAUUCAAGACACAUAGACCUUUCAACCCUCAAGUGUUCAUAGAUUGUUUAAGAUUUUUGAUGUGGAAGUGUCACUAACAAAGCAUGGCACAGGUGUGAGAGACACAUUAAGAGUCAAUAUUGUCUCUUCAGCUGUGUGUGUGUCGUAGGCAUGAGUCAGUUUGAUAUGAUGUGCUUAAUUAGAACACUGGCUUCAUCCCAAAGGGCACCCUAUUCUCUACAUAGUGCACUACUUUUGAACAGAGCCAUAUGGGCCCUGGUCAAAAAUAGUGCACUAUAUAGGGAAAAGGGU